AUGAAUGGGCUGAACGUUGAUAAGUCAAUCAAUUUCCUAAGCGUGUCUACGACACCUUUGUUAAUAAGCACAUCAAUAUGGGGUAUACUAAGAGGACUCGAAACUUUCGCUCAACUAUUAUAUCUUUCUAAUGAUCGUGAUGAAAUAUUUAUAAAUACCACAGACAUAUAUGAUUACCCUCUCUAUAAGCAUCGUGGACUCUUGCUGGAUACAUCUAGACAUUAUAUAUCUUUAUCAAAUAUUCUGAAAACUAUAGAUGCAAUGGCAAUAAAUAAAAUGAAUGUAUUUCAUUGGCAUAUAGUAGAUGAUCAAAGUUUUCCAUAUCAAAGUAAAAUAUUUCCGGAAUUAAGUGAACACGGUGCUUUCAAUAAACUCUUAGUUUAUACGAAGGAUGAAAUUAAAAUGGUUGUCAAGUACGCUAAGGAUCGUGGUAUCCGAGUAAUUCCUGAAAUUGAUGUCCCUGGGCACACAACUUCUUGGGGAAAUGCACAUCCCAGUAUUCUGACCGACUGUUACUAUGGAGGUAAAAUAAUUGGAAAAGGACCAAUGGAUCCAACAAAUAAUGGUACUUAUAUAUUACUUAAACAUCUUUUGGAAGAGGUCCAGACUUGGUUUCCUGAUAAAUAUAUUCACCUUGGUGGUGACGAAGUACAAUUAGAUUGCUGGGAAUCAAAUCCAAAAUUACGAUUGUUCAUGAAAAAACACAAAUUAACAACAUCAGGUCUUCACGCACUUUUCUUAAAUAAUACUUUACCUCUUCUUACGUACAACACUAAAAGUAUCGUUUGGCAGAUUUUACUUACUGGGUACAAAGUUAUAUUUUCAUCAGAAUGGUAUUUAAGCGAUCUUAAUUCUGAAUGGCAUGAUUUUUAUGCUUUUGAUCCUCGACAAACUUUGAGAAUUUUACCCUUAUCUGAGGAAUGUUUACGGGGCGUCGUUGGGGGUGAAGCUUGUAUGUGGGGUGAAAUGGUGGAUGAUAAUAAUAUUUUAAGCAGGGUAUGGCCACGAGCGAGUGCUGUCGCUGAAAAAUUGUGGAGUAGCCCUCUUGGCGACGGUCAUACAAAAUAUUCCAUUCCUGUGGAAGUAUACCAUCGUAUAGAAGAACAUGCAUGUCGUAUGAUACGCCGUGGCAUAAAUGCGCAACCACCAAAUGGCCCUGGUUUCUGUAUCGUA